ACCUCCGCCACGCCCCUAACCUAUCUGUCCCCGCCCUCUCGGCCUCCCGCCCCGCCCUCCACAGCUCAUCUCUCUGGGUCCGCGGCUGGUCGGCAUGUAGCGGAUUGCUUUCCAAGAUGGCGCGCGCGCUGAAGGCGGCGGCCGCGAAAUCCGUAGGGCUUUUUUCCAGACUCCAUGCUCCAGUUCGAACAGUAAGAGCUUUUUCCACAUCACAGCCCUUGGAUCAAGUGGCAGGUCCUGUGUGGAACCUGGGUCGACUCAAUCAUGUAGCCAUAGCAGUGCCAGAUUUGGAAAAGGCUGCUGCAUUUUAUAAGAAUAUUUUGGGGGCCCAGGUAAGUGAAGCGGUCCCUCUUCUUGAACAUGGAGUAUCUGUUGUUUUUGUCAACCUGGGAAAUACCAAGAUGGAACUGCUUCAUCCAUUGGGAAGUGAGAGUCCAAUUGCAGGUUUUCUGCAGAAAAACAAGGCUGGAGGAAUGCAUCACAUCUGCAUCGAGGUGGAUAACAUAAAUGCAGCUGUGAUGGAUUUGAAAAAAAAGAAGAUCCGUAGUCUAAGUGAAGAGGUUAAAAUAGGAGCACAUGGAAAACCAGUGAUUUUUCUCCAUCCUAAAGACUGUGGUGGAGUCCUUGUGGAACUGGAGCAAGCUUGAGUUAUAUUUGUAAGAAACAAAAUUAAUCGACCUGAAAAAGCCUUAUCAAAUACUAUUGAAAUGUACUAUGACAAAUAUAAAUUUCUUAAUUUGAAUUUGAAGAAAACCUUAAUUACAAAUUACUUAGGGAAUAUUAUUAAAAUCAUAUAGAAAUAAAUUAUUCCUUUUUUACAA